AUCGCAGUUGCUGCAGAACGAACAUGCUACGGCCUCGAUGGCACGCAGCUCAGCGACGAAUACGGACCCUGCAACCCAGAAGCAAAGCACAGCGGAUGCUGCGCCAUACACAGACCCGCAGGCUCAGUAGACGUUUGCUUAGAUAACGGCCUGUGUAUGGCGACGAAUGGCGGAUUCGUGGGCACUAUCUGGCAGGAUGGCUGUACGGAUCCUACAGGCACGGAUUCAGGCUGUCCGAAAAUGUGUCCGGAUGAAAACGACGGUUUCGCCGGCCUCAACAAAGUCCUCGCCUGGAACAUCCAAACCUGCGACUUCGGCAUCUACUGCUGCCGCGCCGUCGACGACAACGCAAACUGCUGCGCCAACUCCACCGCCCCGCGCAUAACAACUAACGCCAUCGGCGCCUUCAAGUUCGAGACCUCCACGGCUGGCGCUUCCCCCGCAACCGCGACAGCUUCUGCCGCAAACACAGCUACACAAGUAGUCUUCGGCACAGCCGUCAGCACAGGCACGCCAUCUACCCUCACCCCCUCGCAAGUAGGCUCCGCCUCCACCGCCGCACCCGACCUCUGCGCCUCCGCGAAACGCAAAACCGCCAUCGUCGGCGGAGCGUUGGGUAGUAUUCUCGGUGCUGCGCUGCUCGGCGCUCUCGGCGUGAUUGUCUGGAUGCAUGGGAAAGAGAAGCGGCAGCGCAGACUGAAAGAGCACUACGAGACGCAAUUUGGGAAAUCG